AGUUCUGUCUUGUGCUUUGGAAAAAUGUCUGUAAAUGGAGCUUUUAGCAUAAAAGUUAGCGCCUAGGCCGGCAUCCGCACUUUCUGAAAUUGGAAGCCAUCUCUUCUUUCAUCGCAAUGAAUGUUGAACCAGAAAAUGUCAAAGUUCCAGAAUCCUACUUGCUGUGCAUUAAGCUUCCAAUUCCACUGCGUACUUGUCGCACUCUUUAACAGAAGGUUAAAGAAGUCAUCAUAGACAAUUUUCUACAAUGCCGAGUGCUCUCUAAUUAUCCAUUUCUUAGUUGCGUUCUUCCUAACAUUGUGAUUGGUGAACUCUCAUCUCCCCAAAUCGACUUGUUGCCCAGACUUCUGUUGAUAUUCUUGAUAUACUAGAAGUGACCUGCAAUUUCACAAUGUAUAUGUGCAACUGGCACUGGAACAAGCACUCAAAACCAGUUCCUGUUUUCUGCAUCUUCGUCUUGAUCACCAGUGCCCAAGUUACAGUUUCCCAGCCUUCCACAACAAAGUGCAGCCUUGAGUUUGAGUCUACAGCAUCCCCAAGUUCAAGCUGUGAAGGGGGUGAUUGGGGUGGAUUUCUUAACAAAAACUGUUGCGGAGCAGCAUUCCCUGGCUACCUCGAUGCAUUGGGGAAGAGGGCAAAUAUAACAGGGCUGAUAUUCCUAAGUUAUAGUGAGCAGACAAGUUGUUUGGCUUCAAUGAAGAGAUUUGAAGGAAAUGUUUUUAUUUGUGGGAUUGAGAAGCUAACAAGAGGUGCAGGUGGAUGUUCUGAUUACUCUGUAGCUGAUGUUGCUAACAAACUGGGAGAUGAAUUGAGAAGUUUUAGCGAAAAGUGCAAAUUUUUUAGCUCUGGUGGGUUUGAUGAAUCUUGUGAUUCUUGUGUUAGAAGCUGGAAAGACAUAGGAGGGACACAGUCCAAAUCGACGGAUGCAGAGUCCAUAAUCUGUAGGUUUGCAGUACUGGUUUCAUUAACAAGUAGCAAGAUUGGAGAUGAGAAUAUUGAAAGAAUUUAUGAAUGCCUUUCACGGAAAACUAGUUCUUAUGCAGAGAAUAUUGAAGAAUCAACACCAGAAGAUAAAAAGAAGACAAAAGUUAAAACAGGUAUUUGGGUUCUGAUCGGAAGCCUUGUCGCGUUUCUUGUGAUAAUAGUUAUUAUAAUGUACUUCUUCUCCAAAAGAGGUCGUCCAUCAAAAUUAUCAUCCAAAAAACAUUCAUCUAAGGAUGUUUUGUUGAAGAAGUCAGGUUGUCCCAAAUUUCGGAUCAAGGAGGUGUAUUCUGCUACAAACAGUCUAGAUGAAUCAAAUUUCAUUGGUGAAGGAACUGCUGGAAAGGUGUAUAAAGGCAUAUUGUCAAAUCAACAGCCUGUUGCAGUAAAACACAUCAUAAAUGAUGGAAAUGUUGAGACUUUUGUGAGGGAAGUUACUAGCGUAUCUCACAUCAAACAUCCAAACCUCGUGACUUUGCUUGGUUACUGCUUAAGUGGAGAAGAGUGCUUCCUCAUAUAUGAGCUAUGCCCCAAUGGAAAUCUAGCAGAGUGGCUUUUUGGCAAGGAUAAGGUACUUUCCUGGAUCCAAAGGCUUGAGAUUGCAAUUGGUAGUGCUCGAGGUCUUUGGUUUCUCCACACAUAUUCAGAAGGCUGCAUUGUUCAUCGUGAUAUCAAGCCAACAAACAUUCUCCUGGGACCAAACUUUGAAGCCAAGCUCUCAGACUUUGGGUUAUCAAAGCUCAUUGAUCUGGGUGAAACCAAUGUGAGCUCAGAAGUCAGAGGAACUUUCGGUUAUGUUGAUCCUGAGUACCAAAAUAACCGCCAAGUGAAUUCAUCAGGUGAUGUCUACAGCUAUGGGAUUGUACUGCUACAAAUCCUCUCCGGGAAGAAGGUUUUCAACUUGAAUCUGAAAAAACCAAUGGCAUUAAAUAAAAUGGCUAGAGUUCUGAGUAGAGGUGGCGGUGUAAAAGAAUUUGCAGAUUCUAAACUUGAAGGUGAGUACUCAGUAGAAGCUUUUGACCUCACAUUUCAGCUGGCUCUCUCAUGCACAUCAGUUAAGCAACAGCGACCAUCUAUGGAGCAAGUUGUUGCGAAUUUAGAGAAGGCCCUAGACAUAUCAACAAGGGAGAGAGCCUCUACUCCAGAAGCUACACCAGAUAGACGUUCUACUACAUAGAAGAAAAGUUUUGAACUAUUUUGUGGUUGUAAAGAGGAACUUCCGAUACAGAGGAUUUUUUUUAAGGUAUGUAUAGUAAAGGUGCAUUCUAGUAUCUAAUAAUACAAGUUCAUGUCAGAUUAUAAACCA